GAAGGAGGAGGUGUCUGGCUCAGAAACGCACCCUAAAGCAACGGCUCCACUCCUGGCCCCUUGACCGUAUCAGGGUCUGGCACACUCUGGCACCAAAACUCCCUUUCCUCUAGCAACGGGAGGCCAAGGCUGCUGAGCUUUGAUGGAUCACCACCGUGAGCAUGUGGCCAUGGGUGAAGUGGCCUGGGAGCCUUCCUGAGCAAAGGCUGCGGGCAAAGCCUUGAUUGGGACAGGUUGGAGAUCCUCCUGUCCCUCCAAGGGAUCAGGCCAGGGUCAGAAAUAAGCGGGGCUUCCACCCUGCCGGCAUCUCCUUCGGCCAAGCCCUGGUUUAAGGAGUUACGGUUUACCCGGUAUCUCACAAUGGGGUGGGGGGGUAACACGGCCGCGAAGGGCAGGGGGGCCAGAAUGGCGGACCCCAACAACCGCUGCUCUGCCCCUCCCUCUUGGCAGCGCAGCCCGGUUCCCAAACGGGCGCCCUGGGCGGGCUGCCGGGGCGGCGGAGGACCCGUCGGAGCCGGUCAGGGCUUCGGGAACGCUUGGAAAAGCGCCGCGCGGGUCAGGAGGGCUCCGCGCCUCGGCGGUCCGGCAAAGCGCCGCUGCGGGCCCUUUCUCUUCUUCCUGCCCGGGACGGCGGCCCGCCAAGCCUGCCCUGCGCCCUCGGCCGGGGCGGGCCUUGGAGGGCGGGUGGGGCGCUGGAAGCGAAGCGGAAGAGCCCGACGGCGAGCAGGUGAAGCGUGCCAGGCGACCGGCAGAAACAUGGCUGCUCCUUCCUCAGCUCUUCCACCAUCUUACGAAGAAUCAACCAGCGCCAGUAAUCCAGCUCCGUAUCCCUACCCUCCUGCAGGGGGAAUUCCUGUGAAGGGGGCACCGGCCCCUUGCCCAGUCCAGGCCCAUCCUCCAUUCCCACCCCAGUCCUAUGGCAUGCAACCCCAGCCGGUUCGAGCGGUACCUCCAGUGCCCGUCCACACCGUUUACAUCCCGGGCCCGCUGGUCUUUCUUGAGCACCCCAUGCAGAUCCACUGUCCUGCCUGCAACCAGAUGAUUGUGACCCGGAUCUCGUACCAGCCUGGAGCUCUGGCCUGGCUCUCCUGUGGGGGCCUCGCCCUGGUGGGGUGCUGGCUGGGCUGCUGCCUGAUCCCCUUCUGCGUGGAUGCCAUGCAGGACGUCCAGCACUUCUGCCCCUGCUGCAAUGCCUUCCUGGGUGUCCACAAGCGCCUCUGAGCGGAUCUGGACCCCAAUGCCAGGAAGUGUAAGGUCCCCUUUUGUACACCUUCGCUCAAGUCCUCCUGGGCCAGGCCUUGCGGGGCCCGUCCAGUGCCUCAAGACUUGCCCUUUGGAACAGUGCAGACCACCUCUGGAGUCUCUCUCCCAAACUUCGGCUUGUCGUGACCUGCGCCGCUGCCUGAGGGAAGAGCGGAUCCCGGCUUCUUGCAAAGGAGCGAAAGAACCACACGAAGGCUGCUGCUCCUGCUGCCCCUCAGUGCCAGGCCUCCUCUGCAGGGGGAGUUUGCGGCACAACCUACGAAGACUGAGGGGAGGCAACUUUCAGUAUUUGACCCAAGCUCUGCAGGGCUCCAGCCGGCUCCCAUCUUUUCCAUCGUGGCCCAUGCCCGGUCACAAGAAGCGCCUGCUGUGAUGCGGAGCAAGAUGUUUCCCCAAUCUGAGGGUUCCCAGUUUGGGGAGCCGUGGACCCUCCAGCCUCACCCCUCUCCCCCAGCUGUCAACGGGGGAAGAGAGGCCCCGUGCCUUGAAAAGCAGAGCAGGUGCUGCUGGCACAGGGCACCCCGGCCGAGGUUCAGCUGUGCACUUGGGCGUUUAAGGAGCUUCCUGCCCCCAGGAAGAAGGGACUUUUGUCCUGCGGAUUGGGGUGGAACAGGGGCCAGAGUAGCUGGAGAGGGAGGUGAAUCUCUAGAGUCCUUUAAAGUUGUUGGCUCUGCAAGUCCAACUUUAUUCUGAUUUGCUUCCGAACUUAAUUCUGACUUUUUCAGCUUUUGAAAUAAAACUCUCUUGCAAAAAGAAA